CCGUGCGAGAGGCCGAGCUUGCUGCAUUGCAGCCGCCGCGGCGCCGCUCGGCUCCUCACUCCCAACAAUGGCGGCUCCAAGCCCGAGCGGCGGCGGCGGCUCCGGGGCCGGCAGCGCCAGCGGCACUCUGGGCCCCGUAGGGUCCUCGGCGCCGGGCCACCCGGCCGUCAGCAGCAUGCAGGGCUUUCAGAUAAACUUCUGUGAAAAGGCACAAAGUAAACGCAAAGCACUGAAGUUGAAUUUUGCAAAUCCACCUUUCAAAUCUACAGCAAGGUUUACUCUGAAUCCCAAUCCUACAGGAGUUCAAAACCCACACAUAGAGAGGCUGAGAACACACAGCAUUGAAUCGUCAGGAAAACUGAAGAUCUCCCCUGAACAGCACUGGGACUUCACUGCAGAGGACUUGAAAGACCUUGGAGAAAUUGGACGAGGAGCUUAUGGUUCUGUCAACAAAAUGGUCCACAAACCAAGUGGGCAAAUAAUGGCAGUUAAAAGAAUUCGGUCAACAGUGGAUGAAAAAGAACAAAAACAACUUCUUAUGGAUUUGGAUGUAGUAAUGCGGAGUAGUGAUUGCCCAUACAUUGUUCAGUUUUAUGGUGCACUCUUCAGAGAGGGUGACUGUUGGAUCUGUAUGGAACUCAUGUCUACCUCGUUUGAUAAGUUUUACAAAUAUGUAUAUAGUGUAUUAGAUGAUGUUAUUCCAGAAGAAAUUUUAGGCAAAAUCACUUUAGCAACUGUGAAAGCACUAAACCACUUAAAAGAAAACUUGAAAAUCAUUCACAGAGAUAUCAAACCUUCCAAUAUUCUUCUGGACAGAAGUGGAAAUAUUAAACUCUGUGACUUUGGCAUCAGUGGACAGCUUGUGGACUCCAUUGCCAAGACACGAGAUGCUGGGUGUAGGCCAUACAUGGCACCUGAAAGAAUAGACCCAAGUGCGUCCCGACAAGGCUACGAUGUCCGCUCUGAUGUCUGGAGUUUGGGGAUCACGUUGUAUGAGUUGGCCACAGGCCGAUUUCCUUAUCCAAAGUGGAAUAGUGUAUUUGAUCAACUAACUCAAGUUGUGAAAGGAGAUCCUCCACAGCUGAGUAAUUCUGAGGAAAGGGAAUUCUCCCCAAGUUUCAUCAACUUUGUCAAUUUGUGCCUUACAAAGGAUGAAUCCAAAAGGCCAAAGUAUAAAGAACUUCUGAAACAUCCCUUUAUUUUGAUGUAUGAAGAACGUACCGUAGAGGUCGCAUGCUAUGUUUGUAAAAUCCUGGAUCAAAUGCCAGCUACUCCCAGCUCUCCCAUGUAUGUCGACUGAUAUCGCUGCUAUGUCAGACUCUAGAAAAAGGGCUGAGAGGAAGCAAGACGUAAAGAAUUUUCAUCCCGUAUCACAGUGUUUUUAUUGCUCUCCCAGACACCAUGUGCAAUAAGAUUGGUGUUCGUUUUCAUCAUGUCUGUAUAUUCCUGUCACCUAGAACAUGCAUCCCGUAAUACCAGGCUGAUCACAGUGUUAGUGCUGGUCAGAGAGGCCUCGCUGCUCUCGUGGUGAACAUAUUCCUGAGAUGUGGAAGUCAGUACGAUCAAUCUGUUGACUGUGCUUAGAUUGCAUCUUAAAUUCAUUUCUAGACUCAAAACCUGGAGACGCAGCUACUGGAAUGGUGUUUUGUCAGACUUCCAAACACUGGAAGAACACGGUGAUGGAUGUACUAUGUCUGAACAUAGAGACUCGGACUUGAGUGAGAAGAGCUUGCACAGCAAGGAGACACAUUGCCUUCUGGAGCUGGGAGACAAAGGAGGAAUUUACUUUCUUCACCAAGUGCAAUAGAUUUACUGAUUUGAUAUUCUGUUGCUUUACAGUCACAGUCAAUGUUUGGGGAUCGAUGUGCUCAGCCAGAUUUCCUGUAUGAAAGAUCAUGUUCAAUUAGAAUGAAUUUAUCUUUACCAAAAACCAUGUUGCGUUCAAAGAGGUGAACAUUAAAAUACUGAGACAGGACAGAAUGUUUCUUUUCUCCUUUACCAGUCCUUCUACUCUUCGCUGGGAAGACUCAGGAGUCUGCCACUUGUCAAAGAAGGUGCUGAUCCUAAGAAUUUGGUAUGCUGCCAACUAGAUGUUCCACCUGCCACAAACCACCAGGACUGAAAGAAGAAAAAGUGCGGAGGGCAAAGUUUACAGAUGUUUUUAAUUCUAGUAUCUUACAUGGAACAACUUGUAGCAGCUAUAUAUUUCCCCGUGGUCCCAGUCCUGAUACUUUAGCCAUCAUAACUCAGCUAACAGGGAGAUGGAGCUAGUAGCAAUGUGCCUUGAUUGAUUAGGUAAAGAUUUCUUGUAGGCAGCGAAAGACCAAAUCUCAGUUGUUUGCCAUCACUGGUCUAGGUCUUCAGUUUCUGACUCUUUCCCUGCCCGCAUGGUCUGUUGCCGCUGUGUGACUUUUGCUUAAUCCAGUAUUUUGCCUUUUUUUUUUUAAAGUACUAGAAACUUUAUAAUUACCAGGGAUGUUCCUUACUAAGGAUUUUUAGCCCCAAAUCCCUCAUAUGCUCUAAAGGUUAAAAGGCUGAGAAACGUGGGGCCCAGCUGUUGUGGUAGGUGGUGAAGAAGCAUGUUUUCCAGAGACCCAUUUGACCAGAUGAGGAUCUGAAUGGCAGUUUUUUAGAUGAAUCAUCACCUGCGAGAAUCUCUAGCAGGUCACCAUCACUGAUUGGAAUUCUGCAAACAGAACAGCCCAGAGUAGUUAGGAGAGGCCAUUGGAAUCUGCUCCCUUCCUGCGCAUCCUCGCUUACCUGCUAGCCGGGCUUUCCUUAGGUUUCCUGGCUUCCCGCUCUGAGCAUAGGCCUUGUACACAGUUAAGCAGCACGUAUGUGAGAGGCAGCUUGAGCACACUGGAGUGUAAAGCAGCCGUGGUCUGAGAUGCAGAUGAUGCCAUUACAGAAACAAACGGUGGCAGUGUUGCUGUGUCUCUUCCCAGAGUGACAGUCAUAAACACUAUAACACAAUAAAGGGGGAGUGGUGCUGUUUAAAGUUACAUCCCUGUACAUUUCAGAAUUCAGACACGGUCCAGUGCAUUGGCCCCCUUGCCUGAUCUCCCUGCUUCCUUCCCGUGGCAUCCUCGACCUUAGGCUUCCCGGUGUCCUGAAAGGAAGCGUGGCCACGUCUUCCUCGGGCCACACCAAGCCAUUGUCCUCUGUUUCUCCCGGGGCCACAAGAGGAAUUUGUUUCUCUGCUGUCAGCUUCCCAUCUGGCUCAGCGUAGGGUCAUUUUGCUCUUAUACAAAUGGAGAUAAAAGCAAUUCUGACUGUCCAGGAGCUAAUCUGAUCAUUCUCUUGUGUGGAUGGCCACAUAAAAAGGCAGUUUUAGUGUAUUAAUCAUAGAUUAUUAUGAACUAUAAACUUAAGGGCAAUGAAUUUAUUACAGUGUAUCUUUAUUAAAACAAAAGGGUGUAUAGUGUUCACAAACUGUGAAAAUAGUGUAAGAACUGUACAUUGUGAGCUCUGGUUAUUUUUCUCUUGUACCAUAGAAAAAUGUAUAAAAAUUAUCAAAAAGCUAAUGUGCAGGGGUAUUGCCUUAUUUGUCUGUAAAAAUGGAGCUCAGUAACAUAACUGCUUCUUGGAGCUUUGGAAUAUUUUAUCCUGUAUUCUGUUUGAAUUCCUCCUCUAUUUAAGAUACACACAUGGAACCGAAGUGUUUAUGUCAUAGUCUAUCCUUUUGCCUGCAGGUCAGUUGUAAUAAAUCUAGGAUGUGAUGA